AUGACAUCGACUGCGUUGCCGAUGGAGGCGGUCCUUCGUCGUGUGACCUCCACAGAUUCCACGCCAGCGUCCUCGGCGAAUAUCUCUCCUCUCACUAGUCCUCGAUCGUCGCCUUCGUCCACCUCUCUCUCUUCUCUAGCCUCUGACGAUGCCGCUCCCCCAGAAAAGCAAGUGGCUGAGAAGAAGCCAUUGGUGGACACGUAUGGGAAUUCGUUCGCAAUCCCCGACUACACCAUCGGAGACAUCCACAGAGCCAUUCCUAAACACUGCUUCGAACGGUCUGCCGCCACCGGUCUGUACUAUGUUGCACGAGACGUCGCCUGCCUGGCUACCACCUUCUAUCUCUUCAACCGCUUCGUGACGCCGGAAAAUGUCCCUUACACUCCAGCUCGAGCCGGCCUCUGGUUUCUGUACUCUGUGGUGCAAGGCCUGUUCGGGACCGGCAUUUGGGUGUUGGCCCAUGAGUGUGGACAUCAGUCCUUCUCGACCAGCAAGGUGGUGAAUGACACGGUGGGCUGGUUUUGCCAUUCGGCUCUCCUGGUGCCAUAUUUCUCCUGGAAAAUCUCGCAUGGCAAACAUCACAAAGCGACGGGACACCUGGAACGAGACAUGGUGUUUGUCCCACCCACCAGGGAAGCAUACGCCUCCAGGAGAGGACAGCUGCUUCAUCAGAUUGACGAGCUCACCGAAGAGACACCCAUUGCCACCGCAUACCACCUGAUCAGUCAGCAGCUGGGUGGAUGGCCCAUGUACUUGAUGACCAACGUCACCGGCCACAAUAAGCACGAAUCUCAGCGUGAGGGGCGUGGCGUUGGCAAGCACAACGGUUUUGGGGGUGGUGUCAACCAUUUCAGUCCUGCCAGCCCAUUGUACGAGGCAAAGGAUGCCAAGUUGAUAGUGUUGAGCGACAUCGGUCUUCUGAUCACCAGCAGCAUUCUCUUCUGGGUGGGCAAGAAAUAUGGCUUCGCCAAUUUGUUUGUGUGGUAUUUUGCACCAUAUCUCUGGGUAAACCACUGGUUGGUGGCCAUCACGUUCUUGCAACACACCGAUCCCUCUUUGCCCCACUACACUCCCACCAGCUGGACUUAUACUCGAGGAGCGGCCGCCACGAUCGAUCGAGAGUUCGGAUUCAUUGGACGUCAAUUGUUCCACGGCAUCAUCGAGACUCACGUCCUUCAUCACUAUGUCAGCACGAUUCCUUUCUAUCACGCCGACGAAGCCAGCGAGGCCAUCAAGAAGGUCAUGGGUCGUCACUAUCGCAGCGAUACCAAGGACGGAGCGGUCGGCUUCCUCAAGAGCAUGUGGAAAUCCAUGAGAAUGUGUCAAUGGGUGGAACCCAUCGAAGGCGCCACGGGCGAGGAGGCCGGUGUGAUGUUCUUCCGCAAUCGCAACGGACUGGGGCUGCCGCCUGCUAAGCUGGCGAAGCCUGCUACAUCGUAG